AUGCUGGCCAGGAAGACUUGGAGUCGCGGCUUCAUCGCGGCGAAGCUUCUCACGGAGCUGCUGGCGGCGGCAUUUCUGCUGCCGUCUAGGACCAGGGGCUCCAGGAACACAGGGUGCUACUCGGGUCCCACGUUGAUCCCGGUCCUCCCGCUGUCCUGCAACCCGCUCACCAUCCCCGCCACCUGCCCGCCCGGUGCGGUCAACAUGACGGCCGCCAAGGGCGUGUCGGGCCGCCUCCUCGACCCGACCAUCUGCGCCCACUUCCCCUACUCCAACGCCACCCGGCCUUUCCCUACCCCUUCGCCGCCAGCCCCCAUUAGCGGUGCUCCUCCUCCAAGCGUCGUGACUCCGUCCCCCCCAUCUGCGUCUCCUCCUCCCGCUGGACCGAGCCCCUCUCCUCCUCCCCCCAAGGCUGCUGGGCCGAGUGGAGUCUCUCUCGCUGCUGCGGUUCUGCCGCUGCUGAUGGUUGUGCUCAUGGCGGGGGUAUGA